CUUUGUUUUGAUAAAUUUUAGCCGGUAAAAUCAUUUGCUUGCUGUCUCACAUAUAAACAGGAACUGUUUGUGGUCUUUCGUGAAUGAACAGUGAAUUUAUUCCAGCGAGAAAGCAAUGGAUGAAGCGGAGGAUGAUGUCGACUCGGCUUUGGCGUGCUCCGCCGAACAAGCUGAAAGACAAAUUCAGCAAUGUGAUGAAAUUAAGCGGGAGCAAGAAUUGAGUGAACUGGUUGAUGCAGAAGAAUUCCUCGCCUCUCAAGGAAUCCCAAUGCUUGAGUAUGAGCGACAGAUGUUUUUGGAUUUGCUCCAUUCAGAUGGCUUAGUUGUUUGUGCUAAGGGAAUAAGCUACGAAAAAGUAUUGCUGAAUCUGCUGAAGAUUUUCAGUGAUCCAACGACAUUGGUGUUGGUAAUAAACAGUUCCGAUUAUGAAGAAAAAUUGUAUGCAUCGCAAUUGAACAAUGAGCAUGUCCAUGAAUCUUCCACCAAUGCCACGGAAAGAGAGCGUGUUUAUUCGGAAGGUGGUAUCCAUUUCAUCAGUACAAGAAUUCUUGUAGUGGAUCUUCUGAAAAAUCGGAUCCCAAUUGAAUUGAUAACCGGAAUUUUUGUUGUCAAAGCACACGAGAUAAUUGAAUCUUGUCAGGAAGCAUUCGCUCUCAGGCUAUACCGUCAAAAAAACAAAACGGGAUUCAUAAAGGCUUUCUCGAAAAAUGUUGAAGCCUUCACCUAUGGCUAUGGUCACGUGGAAAAGGUAAUGCGAAAUCUAUUCGUCAAGGAGCUUUUUAUUUGGCCGCGCUUCCAUGCAACAAUUCAGCAAUCACUCAAGCCUUUUGAGCCGCUCGUUGUGGAAAUGCAGGUGCCAAUGAGUCAAAACAUGAUUCUGUUGCAAACAAAUAUUUUGGAUAUAAUGAACUAUCUGAUAAAAAACAUCAAAAGCCUCAAUCAUCAAGUUGAACUGCAGGAGGUAACGGUGGAGAAUUGCGUUACGAAAAAGUUCCAUAAAAUUCUUCAAGCGCAGCUGGAUACUAUUUGGCAUCAAUUGAGCUCCCAAACCAAACUUAUAGUGGCUGAUCUUAGGAUUCUUCGCAGCCUUAUGAUAUCCACAAUCUAUCAUGAUGCAGUCACUCUCUAUGCAACGAUGAGGAAAUACAGAUCGGCUGAAUAUGCUCUCAGUAAUUCUGGGUGGACUAUUUUGGACUCAGCUGAAAGAAUAUUUACCGUAUCCAAAGACCGCGUGUUCAAUAAGAGUGAUGAAUUCGAACCAGAACUUUGUCCUAAGUGGAAGAUUUUAUCGGAAGUUCUCCGACAAGAAAUUCCACUGGACAUAAAAGAGACGGCUAAAAAAAUUCGCAAAGACGAAGAAAGGCGAAAAUAUUUCCAACAGCAGGUAAAGGUUCUUAUACUGUGCCAGGAUGCUCGAACUUGUUAUCAGCUGAACGAAUAUCUCACGCAAGGGGCUGAAAAAUGCCUGUUCUAUAUGGCGAUGAAAAAUGACGUUACAGUGUCCAAAUUAUCGGAAAGAUAUCGUCACAUUGGAUCAAAUAAUGAACAAAAUCCGUUCAAAAUUCAAAAUAUUGAUUCGUAUGCCAAGCUAACCAAAUCGGUUGCAAAAGAAUCAGCAUUGAAUGCAGAAUCAUCAGCAGGUUCACUCAAUAAGGAAGGCGAUUUCCUUAGAGAUAGAAUUGCGAAACGCCGCAAAGAAGUUGCUGCAAAAGAAGCAUCUGAAACGAACGCCCCAAGCCAAAUUCAACAGGAUGAUGAGGACAUACUUCGGUCAUCGAUCGCCUCGAAAGUAUCCGAUAUGGAGGCGGAUUUACCCAAGAAUGAAGAGGAGGACGAAUAUCAGUAUUUCAGAGACUCAUACAUACUUACGAUGUCUCAAAAGCCAGAAGCAAAUGAUACCGUUGUUAGUGAAGGGCAAGAGAGUUCUUGUUUCGAUGUGUCACAAUUCGAGUGUGGCGAAUUUGAGUCUUUCCAGGAGAUGGAGAAUCUUGAUGUCACAAAAAUUGUGAAUGAAAGCAAUAAACCAUUGCUGUUUAUUCAAACCUUCAAAAGUGAGAAUUAUGGAUUUGGCUCACUAGAACGAACAUUGGAUGAUAUCAAGCCUAGAUAUAUUGUUUUGUACCACAGUCAUGUUGCGGCAAUUCGUCAAAUAGAAAUAUACGAGGCGAGGCAACAACGCCAACAGAUUGCAAGAGUUCGGGUGUUUGUGAUAACGCACUCCAAAACCGUCGAGGAGCAGUCGUAUUUGACAUCUUUGCGAAGAGAGAAGCAGGCAUUCGAGUUGCUCAUUGAAACGAAACGAACUAUGGUAAUACCUGAGUAUCAGGACGGAAAAUCGGAUGAUUCCAUCACAAUGCUACAGAAGACGCAAGAUAUAUCUUCUCGACAGGCUGGUGGUCAACUCGGAGCAGAAGAAGCGGUUGUUACACCUCAAAUCAUAGUGGACAUGCGAGAGUUCCGUUCUGAUUUGCCAUGCUUAAUCCAUCGUCGUGGUAUAGAAGUAGUGCCACUCACUAUUACGAUUGGCGAUUAUAUUCUUACCCCUGAGAUUUGUGUCGAGCGGAAAUCGAUCUCCGAUCUCAUCGGUUCGUUGAACUCAGGACGACUCUACAGUCAAUGUGUACAAAUGUCUCGCUGUUAUUCCAAACCAAUUCUGCUCAUCGAGUUCGACCAAAACAAACCCUUCCAUUUGCAGCGGCACUUCAUGAUGUCAGGUGAUUCUGCCUCUUCCAAUGCUGACAUCACCCAAAAAUUGCAGCUGCUGACGUUGCACUUUCCCAAAUUGAAACUCGUCUGGUCUCCAAGUCCGUAUGCAACGGCCCAGCUGUUUGAGGAGUUGAAGCAUGGUAAGCAAGAACCGAACCCGGACGUGGCGGUUUUGGCUGGUUCGGAUGAGGCGGGUGGCUUGGCGGAGAUGGAGAGAAUUGCGGAUAGAUCUAACCCAAAUAUCCACGAUUUCAUCAUAAAAUUGCCGGGAAUCAAUUCCAAAAACAUAGGUAAAGCGAUGCGAAAAUGUAAAAACUUAAAAGAAUUGCUGAGAAUGAGUGAAUCUGAACUUGCGGAGCUAUUAUCGAGUCAGGUACAGGCUAAAAUGCUGUGGGAAAUACUGCAUGUAGUUCAUAAACCUACACCAAGUGAUCUGGCUGACAAACAGUUUGGAUCGAAAUUCAAACGUGGCUUUGGCAAACCAUUCUUAGGUGUAAGCAAAUAA